AUGUCUCUCAAGAAGGAUUCUUUCCCCUCGUCUGCCGCUUUCGAUGCGAUCAAUCAGACGCUGCAGGCCGAUGCUGCCGAGCGCAAGGAUGCCAUCGAGAAGGCCAAGGCCAUCGUCGCCUUCAACUUGAAGAACGACAAGGGCGAGGAGCAGAGCUGGUACCUCGACCUGAAGAACAAGGGCGAGGUUGGGCAGGGUGCCGCCCCCGCUGGCGGCAAGGCUGAUGUCACCCUCUCGCUCUCCGACGCAGACUUCACCUCCCUCGUGACCGGCAAGGCCAACGCCCAGCGCCUGUUUAUGGGCGGCAAGCUCAAGAUCAAGGGCAACAUUAUGAAGGCCACCAAGAUGGAACCCAUCCUCAAGAAGGCUCAGGGCAAGGCCAAGCUGUAA